AUGCUGAUGAAUGCCAACUCUUUGGACAAGAAAUCUGUAAAAAUGGCUUCUGUUUGAAUACGCAGCCAGGUUAUGAGUGCUACUGCAAACAAGGCACAUACUAUGACCCUGUUAAGCUCCAGUGCUUUGACACGGAUGAAUGUCAGGACCCAAACAGCUGUAUUGAUGGCCAGUGCAUUAACACAGAAGGAUCUUACAACUGUUUCUGUACACACCCAAUGAUUCUGGACUCAACAGAAAAGCGAUGCAUCAGACCAGCAGAUUCAAGUGAACAAACCGAAGAAACUGAGGUCUACCAGGAUCUUUGCUGGCAGCAUCUAAGUGAUGAUUUUGUUUGUAGUCGGCCUCUGGUUGGAAAGCAGACUACAUAUACUGAGUGCUGUUGCCUAUAUGGUGAAGCCUGGGGCAUGCAGUGUGCGCUGUGUCCUAUGAAGGAGUCAGAGGAUUAUGCCCAGCUGUGCAACAUUCCUGUUCCAGGAUCUCGACGGCCAUAUGGACAAGAUGCAUUGGUUGACUUCGAGGAGCACUACACUCCAGAAACUAAUCCAUACUUUGUGGAAGACCGUUUUCUGAACAGCUUUGAGGAGUUACAAGCAGAGGAAUGUGGUAUUCUGAAUGGAUGUGAAAAUGGCCGAUGUGUAAGAGUCCAGGAAGGCUACACCUGUGACUGCUUUGACGGUUAUCACCUGGACAUGGCCAAAAUGACUUGUGUUGGUGAGGAUAACAUAUUAAUUUAUCUUCUUCUGUUCAUGU